AUGAAUCUUAUUGAGAAGGUUGGGUUAUCAAAAACUAUUUCGAAUGUGGGCCCGUUUUAUCCUCAGCUUAUUAGAGAAUUCAUAGUUAACUUGCCAGCUGAUUUUAAUGAUCCAAGUAGCCCAGAUUAUCAGAUUGUUCAUAUUAGGGGUCUUAAAUUUACAAUUUCUUCUACUGUGAUAAAUGACUUUCUGGGGAAUGCUGUUUCAAAUAACUUUUCUCCAUCAUCUCCAUCAACUGAUGUUUUGGCUUCUGUAUUAUCUGGAUGGACAUUAUCUUCUUGGCCUGCUAAUGGUAUACCUGCUGGUGCUCUAAGCGUCAAGUAUGUCAUUCUGCAUAAGAUUGGUAUUGCAAAUUGGUUUCCUUCAUCCCAUGCAUCUCGCAUUUCUGUUGCGUUAAGGACAUUCUUGUAUCGCAUCUGCAAUGACGACAGGCUUCCAAUUGCUCUAUCAAGGUUCUUUUCUGGUUUACUGCUACACUUAAAUGUUGUUGUAUUAACCACCUCGGAUGCACCUGAUCCUGAUCCUAAGACCUUAUCACUAAACUACAGACUCUUUCAGGGCAGUCAUGUGCCCGAUAUAGAUAAUGAUGUGCAUCCUUCUCGAGGGCCUCGAUUGUUUGAUAUGACGGACUGGGAUGAAGCUACUGAUGGGUUCUUUGUUGAUAGGGAGUUGGAUUCCAAAAUUCUUAAUUCCCUUACAGCCGAGUCUCGUUUGCUAUCUACUGCCAUUAGUCUGCUGUUUGAACGUCGUUUGGAAAUUGAUUCUCUUAUUCGUCAUCUGAAGGCUUUUGCUCCAUUAUCAAGUCGAGGGGACCCUAGUUCUGAUUGA